GCGAGGGCCCUGAGCAAGGAUGAGAUGCAGCCCCUGGUUGAUUCCAUCAAGACGGCCAAGGACUUCCUCAAGGCGAACCCCUUCUGGGAUGAGGAGAUCAAGCCCAACGAGUACAACAAGCACAUGCCCCUUGCCAUGCAGAUGAUCAAGCCCAUUAUGGAUCGG